AUGGGAGAGCAAAAGGAGCAACCCAAGAAUGAACCCGAGAAGAAGCCCGACGAGGGAGCUCCCAAGAAAGACGAUGGACCCGCCCCUGUCGUUUACAAACUCGACUUGCAUUGCGAGGGAUGCGUCAAGAAGAUCAAACGCACCGCUCGCCACUUUGAAGGUGUUGAAACUGUGAAGGCAGAUCUAUCGACUAACAAGGUGACCGUUACCGGUAAAAUGGACGCCGAGAAGCUGCGAGAAAAGCUCGCCGAGAGAACCAAGAAGAAGGUUGAGUUCGUCACUCCUCCGCCGAAGAAAGAGGCCGCUGCCGAAAAACCGCCGGAAAAGAAGGCCGAAGAAAAGAAACCCGAGGAGAAAAAACCAGAAGAAAAGCCUAAGGAGAGCACGGUGGUUUUGAAAAUCAAACUGCACUGUGACGGUUGCAUUGCGAAAAUCCGAAGAAUCAUUCAGAAGUUCAAAGGUGUUACGUCGGUGACCCUUGACGGGAGCAAGGACUUGGUGACGGUGAAGGGAACGAUGGACGUGAAAGAGAUGGUGCCGUACCUGAACGAGAAGCUGAAGCGAAACGUGGAAGUGGUGCCUCCGAAGAAGGAAGAGGAGAAGAAAGAGAAAGACGGCGGCGGAGAGAAGAAAGAGAAAGAAGGCGGCGGCGGCGAGAAGAAAGAGAAAGACGGUGCGGCGGAGGCGAAGGCGGAGGUUAACAAAAUGGAAUACAUGUACCCAAUACCACCUCCUUCGUUCUGGUACGAAGGAGGACAUUUUCCCGGUCAAACAAGUUACGCUAUGGAGGUUCACCCAUCGUUUGCAAGUAACAAUCAUUACGUGGAGCAAGGGUACGUGAACCAUGGUUAUCCUAUGCAGCCACCUCUACCGUAUUACAUGCACCCUGGCGCCCCUCCUCCGCAGAUGUUCAGCGAUGAGAACCCCAAUGCUUGUUCCGUCAUGUGA